UGUUCCUACUUAACAAGACGAUUCAGUGGGGUCAAUCUAAAUGAAUCGUCGUAUUCUUAGAGUGGUGCGACAUUAAGUAGAGAGGGUAUAAAUACAGAUUUCACUGGAUGCUCAUGGUACAUUUAACAAAGUCAGUGCUGAACUAUGAUGAAGUAUUUGGUAGCGACUCUUUGUUUUGUGGGGGCGUGCAUCGCUCAAGAAUCACACGGGAGAAGAUACCAACAACCACACCAACAGCCACACCAACAGCAACCACAGCAACAAGAAGGCCAGCAGAAUCAACAUUACCAAGAGCCACCCCAACAGUAUCACGAGAAUAGACGUCAUGAGUCGACUACGUAUAUUCCGAUAAUUCGGUUUGAUAAAGAACAAGGUGCCGAUGGUAGCUACAAAGCACUAUGGGAAACUGGCAACAACAUCUUAGCUCAGGAAGAAGGUUACCUAAAGGAUUUAGGACCAGAUCCAGAUGCAAAGGGUGAAACCCUCCAUGCUCAAGUUCAACAAGGAUCCUUCACAUACACAGCCCCCAACGGCGAAGUUAUCGUCACCCGAUACACGGCCGAUGAAACAGGUUUCCACGUAGAAGGCGACCACCUCCCAACUCCACCACCAGUCAGUCCAGAGGUACAAAAAGGUCUAGACUUAAUUUACGCUGGAAUUAGGCAACAACAAGAACAGGCCGCGCGUGAAUACACACCCGAGGCGAAACAAAGUCAGGACUAUCGCGAACCAGGACGCCAGUCCCAACGUAACCAGCUACAACAAGAGUACAACAGACAAAACCAAUACCAACAAGAGUACAAUGGGCCACAACAACGCCAACAUCAGCAGCAGUAAUGCGCGUAUUUCUGUGAUUUAUUACGAAAUGUAGAUUCCAUCCUCAAGUUUAAUUUAUUCUGUUGCCAAUAAUAAUUUUAAUAAAUACAUUUAAUUAAGAA